AUGCACCGAGCGCGCUCGAAAGGCAUCGGUCGCAAAUAUGAACACACCAGUCGCGAAACGCACCUGACGAGAAGAAAAACGAAAGAUGUGUACUUGCAAAAGGCGGCGUUCAUGGAAGCGUUCGCGAAAAGGAAAAAAGAGGAGAAGAAAGAAAUGAUGGAGCGAUUGGAGAGGAAAAGAACACAAAGCGAGGUGCCGACGGUGCACGGAUCGAGCUCGAAACCGGACGAGAGGAAGGUGGAUUUGAAAACGUGCGUGAGCGAACCCGGGGAGGAGAUUUUGGUCAAAUCGUUGAAGAGUAAAUCUGGAGGCGUGGUUGGGAAGAUGGAAUACAGCGGGAAAGCGUUUCCGAUCGAGAAGAGGAAGAAGAUCAUGAUGGCGAGGAAAGCGGAAAUUGAGUUGGUUUUGGAGCAGAAGCUAGAGAAGGAGCUGAUGAUGCGAGAAGAAGGAGUGGAAGAGGGUGACGCAGACGAGGACGAGGAACGGGUAGAGCUCCCGGUGUUUAUAGGCUCGAUGUCCAAGAAGAAGAAGAAGCAUAACAAGAAGAUGGCGCGACGAGCGUACACGAAAUGA